AUGCGCUUUGCCAAUACUGCAUGUUGCCCAGCCUCCGACGAAGAAUUGCUGGUCCAAAAGGAUGACCAGAUUGAACCGGAUGACUUGCUUCAAACCAAGAUGUAUGACUGGCUGCCUCCUUGGUUCAAGGAAGGGGACAGCUUCUUUGGCAUCGACAAAGCGGUGAAAGUCAGGUUGAACGAUGACAAGCAGAGGCGUCGAGGCGUGUAUGCGCAACUUGCACAACUGGAGGAGGAAGACUUGGAUCUUUCACCAACUGCUGUCUCGGCGAUCUUUGGAAGUGACAACCAGGGAAUUCGCAACCAAAGAAGUGGAGGAAGUGUCCUGACUGGCCGUGAUAGCGAAGGUGAUGCAAGCAGAAAGGCAAAAAUCAGAUUUUACCGAAGGUUUAUAGAAGAAAGAGUGAAACUUAACAGGGAAGACGAGGACGAAUGGGAGCUGACGCACCUUCCAAUUCCCAAGCACUACCAGGGCCUCUACCAGCCUGGACUGUUCGACGUAUGUGGACCGCCGCUGAAAUAUUUCAUGCCGUGGGCAACCGCUGGUUGCUUCGUAGCCAGCAUCCUGGUGCCUGUGCUAGCUGUCGCAUCAUCACACUGCGAAGGGAAGCAUGAGAUGCUGGCCACAUACCCAUACUGGUUGUGGCUUCCUUUUUUCUUAUGGGUGGCAAUCAUGGUGCUGCUUGAGUGGAAGUGCUUUACCUACCUUGUCAUUCCAGUGAUCGCGACUUCAGGGCCCAAACGAAUCUUGUGGUUUAAAACAAGUUUCAAAUGCUGGACGUGCUGUUCCAUCUUCUUGAGCGUCGUCAUGCAGGCUGAAGUCUGGUCACAGGGACUUCUGGCAGCCAGCGCAAUUCGGGCAUCUCUUGAUUGCAAAGGAUGGAGAGAAACACUUGAACCAGCGUGGUCAAAGGCUUGGAACGAUUCCAGUUGGAAACCGUUUGAGCUAGGCGGAAACUUGUUGGCUUUGGCAGGUCUUGCUUGGUGUUUCCUUGUGGUCCAGCUGGUUGUCUACAUCUUUAGGGCUGUUCCCACGAAAGUGAUCAAAUGUGAGCGGGUGGAUUAUGGAUGUGGUGCAGAACCACAUGGUUACGCCGUCCCUUUUUGUUGGAUGCGAGUCUGGCAUGCUGAUGCCAUGAAGACGUUGGCCAGUCUCAAUAGAAUGGUUUUUCUUCUGGACGGUCAGACUGAAUAUGCUAUCAAGCGUGCUUAUUUCAAACUCGUCUCAGAUCCAGAGGAACGUCCUUACACCUUCUUCCACGUCCUCAAGAUGGACAUGCGCAUCAUGUUGUUUGAUGCAUUUUUCGUAAACCUCCUUCAAAAUUGCGCAAAACUCCAAUUCCAAACCAGCUACAUUGCCUUCCUGAUGUACGCAAACCUUGCGGCCAAUGUGAACGUAGAAUGGACGCUGCUUUCGCUGUUCCUGACGCAUAUGACCAGCGCGGUGUCAUUCUUCGUGAAGUUGAGAGAAUGGGCGAUGUCGCGGGACAGCAGAAUAUUGGUGCGCAAGGAGUUUCGGAAAGGCAUGGACGAUGCAGACUGGCACGAGUACGACAAACUCGUUUUCUUGCAGCGAUCUGUUGCACUGGUUCUGACGCUUCAAUUUCUUUUCCAAUCCUUCUGCGCAGUGAAUUUCUACAUGUCUCAGUGGCAUUGCGAAUCUCACCUUUGGAGCGUUUUUCAAGGUUGCGUUGAAGGCUUUGCAGUUGUUGAUGGCACGAACUUCGACUAGGAGGCACGUUGUGGUUGUAUUGAGACCCAAAGCCAUGCAGGAAUCGUAGGCUGCGCAGGACACACAGGAAGCCCUCAGCAGAUUGAAUGAUCACCAACAUUUUUUGGCGCCCAGGAAUGCUGGUCCAGUCAGG